UGAAACACAUGCACUUUCUGCAUGCAUUCAGUGUGCUUUCAUGUUAAUCCUUAUCUUUAGAGUGAGACUUUAUACCCAGAUUGCUGUAGGCGAGCUCUCUAUGUUCAGUGGAUAAGAACAUGCAUCUCCUGCGUAAGUUCAUUUGGGGUGAUUUUUUCAGAAUAAUGUCGUGGAACAGCUAAAAGUAAGUUAUCAAAAGGAAGAGAUUGAUGCCUGGGAACUCUACUCAGAGUUAUGGAACUGAACAGAAAAACAAGUGACCCAGUUCAGUGGACUCCAUAUCUGAUUGGAAAAUGCAUAAUCAGAGCACUUUAUGUCCUCAUCAACAAUUUGUACUGCAUCCCAGCUUAUGUGGUGUGGAUGUUUUGCUUUUCACCACUAAGAUUUAUCAGACCAGAUUUGUAUUGGUACAUCGAAGGAGUGUUAUUUAAGUGGCUGCUUGCUAUGGUAACUUGCUGGAUGACAACUGCAGGCUAUCGUGUUGUAGAAGUGGGAGAGAAUGUGUCCCCAGCUUACAAUGAAGAGGCUCUGGUCAUCGUAAACCACCAGUCCACAGCUGAUGUGCCCACCAUGAUGCAUGCCCUGCAGCACAAAGGAAAGGCUGUGAGGCAUAUGAUGUGGAUACAGGAUCUGAUUUUCAAGUACACCAACUUUGGGGUGGUAUCAGCCAGUCAUGGGGAUUUCUUUAUUUUACAGGGAAAAGAACAUAGAAAUACAAUGUUGGACAAGCUGCAGGAGCACAUUGAGAAGACUUACCUCACUAGAGACAGGAAAUGGAUUUUACUGUUUCCAGAAGGUGGCUUUUUAAGAAAACGAAGACAAGGGAGCCAGAUAUUUGGACAGAAGAAUAAUUUUCCAAUACUGGAACAUGUAACACUCCCAAGAGUUGGUGCUAUGAAGACAGUGCUGACUACACUGUCCAAAGAGACACUAAAGAAGAAAUCAACUCAAACACCUGGCCAAGCUUCAAAACACGUCAAAUGGGUAAUUGACAUCACAAUAGGUUAUCCGGAUGCCAAACCAUUGGACCUUCAGACAGUAAUUGCUGGCCAGCGCCCAACCUGUGACGUUACCCUUUACUACAGGCUCUUCCCCAUAUCAGUGAUUCCAACUGACACAGAGGGGCUCACACAGUGGAUGUACAGAAGGUUUGAAGAAAAAGAACAGCUUUUAGACACUUUCUACAUUACAGGGAUGUUCCCAGACUUGCCAAAUACUGGGAGCAUUGGAAAGAGACUUCCAGGGCCAAAGCGUAUAGAGUUCAGUCCAUUAUAUUUUCUUUCUAUACAUGUGUUUUUUAUAUUGUCCACAUUUAUUCAGUGGGCUGUUUUUCUAGGAAUAUGGAGAAGUUUGUUCUAAGUUGUAUGCAGAUCAGUUUUAGCCAUUCGCAAAUGAUUGUCAAUUUUAACUUGAAAAAGUGCUUUUUGAAUUCCACCCUCUUCAAUGUGCAAUCCCACUUAAGGGUACUGUAAGGGUUUAUGAUCAUCCAGAAACUAAAAGUGAGUUUUUUUCCUGCAUUUAAUUAUCCAGUAAUGCAUCUACCUUUAAUGCAAUGUAAAUCCCCUCAAAAAAUAUAAAAUAUCAGCAUUUAUAUUUCUCAUUGCUUAGCAUUAACAGAGGCAAAGCAUUUAUCAUCAAUCUAACAUCUUUCUAUUUCGAGGAGAAAUAGCUUAACUCCAUUCCUGAUCAAGAUCUUAUCACAAAAAUUUGCAUUCAAUGCCUUGCUGUUAUUUUAUUUAAAUGUUUCUGUCAUGGAGGUCUGAGCACCUAAUUACAAUGCAUCACUGAACAAAUGCUUUAUUUUGCCUUAUUAAGAUAAAACCUGAACUAUGGCUUUUCAGAAAAAUUGCUGACAGGGUUUUAGAGUUCUCAAUGGUGUGAUGGAUUUGGCAUUGAAACAGUGCUCGUGGGUGCUCAGGUUAAAGGAGAAAUUUGAGAAACCGAUUUUUUACAUGAUGUCAAAAAAUGUGUAAGGCAGUAAAUAAAAGGAGUUUUUUUUUUGGCUAACCCUUACAGUACCCUUUACAGGUGCUUUUUCGCAAUUACCAUUGCUUCAUCUCAGUGCUCCUGCAGUCUGAUCACAGUGCUGACUGGGUACCCUAGAGUGCUGGCACUGUGGGGAGGUUGCAGUCAAGUGCUUGCUAUUGAUAUUAUAACUAAAAUAAGUCAAUUUAUAUCUUGGGACAGAUUUGAGUGACAUUAGGUGACAUACCUUACAAUUGCUCAGCAAAUGUUUUACCUCUUGCCAAAUUGAGCAUGGAAAACAGUCAUAAAUAUAAUUUACAUUAAGUAUUAAGUAAAUCUUAUCAUAAAUAUCAUUUAUGUCAAAGGAAAGAAUUGGCCAUACUUAUGAUUUUGCCACAGCACUCACCAAGGAUGAAAUGAGCUACAUGGGCUAGUCACUAGUGCUGAUUUCUAAAAUUGUACACUUGCAUGUAUUUAAUAGCUAGCAACUUUGUAAACUAUUUACUUAGUACCUCAAAACUGGAGAUGUGUAUUUAUGGUGCUUAGAAUCAGUAUUACAUUUGUGGACUUAAAUGCUUUUUUUAAUCACUGAAAAUGUCAAUCCUUUUUUUGAGGGAUUUACUGUCAAUUUUUGUUUAAGUAAAGAAGCAACCCACAGAUUAUAAAUACUUGGUGCUCAUGAUUUAUUUUGCCACAAUUUAAUUAUCAGUUAGAGGACACUAAUCAUUAAGUGUUCAGUUUCAUUGUACUUUAUUAAGAAUGAACACUUCUUUGAACAUAUUUUAGUCAGUUAGAAGGAUUGUUGUCACUUUUUUCUAUCAGUGUUGAUAUAUUUAAACCUUCAUAGGAAGGUUUGUGUUUUCAUGUUCAGAUGUUAGAAAGAAAUAGUUAUUUCAACAAUAAUAUUUUAUAUAUUCUAUAUUGCAUGACAAUCAUUGAAAGUGCAUUGUUAGAAAUGUUAAUUUAGACUGUUGUGAAACUUGAAGGAUAUUACACACAACAGUCAAUUGUGCAAAACAUCAGGACUGGUGUGAAUGGUAUGUAACGUGAAGAAGGUCAUUGAACACUUAAUGAUCUUGCAAGCCAUUCGCUGCUGUUGGUUUGAGCAAUAAUUAAUAUCUUGUAAAAUCAAUCCUUCAGUUGUGGAGGUCAGCAUUUUUUAUCACCGAUGUCUUGCAAAAUGCUAGUUGAAGGAAUGUUUAAGGAGUGUAUUUCAUGGGUGGAAAUUCAUUCCCAUAAGUGGUGAAUUAUGGAGAAGGAAUUAGGUAAGGGGUUUGGGACCAAGUAGUUACUAGGGGGAAGUCCCAAAUAACUUUGCAGCCUUUGGUAUUAAUCUUGAAAUAAACUGGGACCAGUUUUUGGAACAUUUUACUCUACAGGUUACUUUCUUAAAUGAAUGCUUUAGCUAUGAUAAUAAAAUUGGAAUAAU